UGGCAAGGUGCAUUGAAUGUGAAGUUGUUCAAGCUGAAACCUGAGACUGAGAGAAAUUUCCUGUACUGAUCAGACCUGGGGGUCGGGGCUGCCGCAGGUAACUGAGAUCUCACCAGGGGACACAGAUUUACUGCAGAAUCUUCUGUGCUUGACCCGACAAUAAUCUCAGCACCAUCCAGUUCCAGCUUCAAGAUGCACAAGUUGUGAAUCAGCCACAGCAGCAGCAGCCGCCCUCUCUCUCUCUCUCUCUCUCUCUCUGGGUUGUGGUGCUGCCAUUUAGAUUGCAAGACUUGUCCCUUAUAAGGUGUGCACUCAGCUCAGUGACAGAGCAGAACUUGGGAAGGUGAGACAGAAGUACAGAGACGUUUCCAGGACUGGAUCCCCACUGAAUUCUACCUGUGCCCAGUGCCCCAGCAAGCAGAAGGCAUGGGACUGCCAGCAGCUCUAGCCGAGAUGCCUCGCCACUUCCCACGACUGAACAUCAAUGAGGUGGACGAACAAGUGCGGCUUUUGGCCGAGAAAGUAUUUGCGAAAGUUCUCCGGGAAGAGGACAGCAAAGAUGCCUUCUCCUUGUUCACCGUUCCCGAGGACUGUCCAAUUGGGCAGAAGGAAGCCAAGGAAAGGGAGUUGGAGAAGGAUCUCGCAGAGCAGAAGUCGGCGGAGACUGUUAAAAGGAAGAAAAGCUUUAAGAUGAUCCGAUCCCAGUCGAUGUCCUUGCAAAUCCCGACCCACGACUGGAAGAUCCCCACAGUCUCUCCCAUCGCAUCUCCAGUUUCCCCAGUGGAACCAGACGCAUCAGUCUUUAGGGGACCAGCACCGACUGCCCCACUGCCAUUUGAUGGGCUGGAAUUUCAGAGAGUCACAAUAAGUGGAGAUUACUGUGCUGGGGUGACUGUAGAUGACUAUGAGCAGGCAGCCACCAGCCUUGCAAAAGCCCUGAUCAUCCGGGAGAAAUAUUCUCGGCUGGCAUACCAUCGCUACCCCCGCACCACAUCCCAGUACCUGUGCACCAUGAAUGGCAAAGAAAGCUGGAAAAUUGAAGAUGAAGUCUAUCCAGAGUUUAACCCUCCUCCUGGCGACAAAGAGGACCCCUAUAAUCUUGAGAACGUUCCCCAGAAUCUUCACUAUGUGGUGAGCAUGAAAGGCGGAAUCCCUUAUGUUUACGACAACAAAGCCAAGAUGGAGGCCAACGAGCCGCGCAGUUUGCCUUACCCGGACCUGGAGACGUACACGCUGGACCUGAGCCACAUACUCGCACUUAUAGCCGAUGGCCCCACGAAAACCUACUGUCACCGAAGACUGAAUUUCCUGGGCUCCAAGUUUAAUCUCCAUGAGAUGUUGAAUGAGAUGGCGGAACUGAAGGAGCUGAAGAGCGUGCCGCAUCGCGACUUCUAUAACGUCAGGAAGGUGGACACUCACAUCCAUGCAGCCGCCUGCAUGAACCAGAAGCACCUACUGAGAUUUAUCAAGCACACCUACCGCACCGAGCCCGACAGGGUGGUGGCAGAGAGAAAUGGGCAGAAGAUCACCCUGAAAGAGCUGUUUGAGGGUCUCCACAUGGACCCCUACGAUCUGACUGUCGACUCUUUGGAUGUUCAUGCUGGGAGACAAACGUUUCAUCGCUUUGACAAAUUCAAUGCCAAAUACAAUCCAGUCGGUGCCAGCGAGCUCCGAGACCUCUACAUAAAGACUGAGAAUUACAUCGGAGGAGAAUAUUUUGCUCGUAUUAUCAAGGAGGUCGCUCAAGAGCUGGAAGAGAGUAAGUACCAGUACACAGAGCCGCGCUUUUCUAUAUAUGGUCGAGCGCCUGAAGAAUGGGACAGUUUAGCAAAAUGGUUCAUCAAACACAAACUGUAUUCACCCAACAUGCGCUGGAUCAUCCAAGUGCCCCGAAUAUACGACAUUUUUAAAUCGAAGAAAAUCCUUCCGGAUUUUGGCAAAAUGCUGGAGAAUAUCUUCUUGCCUCUAUUUGAGGCUACAAUUAACCCCACAGAUCACAAGGAGCUCUACCUCUUCCUGAACUAUGUGACGGGUUUCGACAGCGUCGAUGACGAAUCCAAACACAACGAUCACAUGUUCACGUACAAGAGUCCCAACCCGGAUGAAUGGUGCCAGGAGCAGAACCCCCCGUAUAGUUACUAUUUGUACUUCAUGUACGCCAACAUCAUGCUGCUCAACAACCUGCGCAAGGAGAGAGGGAUGAGUACAUUCCUGUUCAGACCCCACUGUGGGGAGGCUGGUUCCAUCACUCACCUCGUCUCAGCGUUCAUAACAGCCGACAACAUCUCUCAUGGACUCAACCUUAAAAAGAGUCCAGUUCUGCAGUACCUGUAUUAUCUGGCCCAAAUUCCCAUCGCCAUGUCCCCACUUAGCAACAACAGCCUCUUCCUGGAAUAUUCCAAGAAUCCACUGAGGGAAUUUCUACAUAAAGGACUUGUGGUCUCUCUGUCCACUGAUGAUCCAAUGCAGUUCCACUACACCAAGGAGGCACUAAUGGAAGAAUAUGCCAUAGCAGCCCAAGUAUGGAAGCUCAGUACAUGCGACCUGUGUGAGAUCGCAAGGAACAGCGUGCUGCAGAGUGGCCUCUCCGACAAGGAAAAGAAACAUUUCUUGGGGGUCGGUUACUUGAAAGAAGGCCCAGAGGGGAACGAUAUCAGCAGAACCAACGUGGCACAGAUCCGUAUGGCCUACAGAUAUGAGACUCUAUGUAACGAGCUGAGCUUCUUGGCGGAUGCUAUGAAUUCACCACAUCUCACUGGUGCUAAACCAUAAUGGAUUUGAAGCCACAAAUGAGAGGAAAAAUCCUCAGCCUCCCUGAACUCCAGUGCCUCGCAAAUCUCCAUUGUGGGUCAAUCCAUGUACUUAUCUGAAUGUUCUUGUAACAAUGCUGCCUGACAAGACUCAUUUUAGAUUUUAUUAUCCACAUCAUGUGCAGCACACUGAUAUAACCCACAGAAAGGCACCACCAUCUGUUGAAGAACUACAGCUCCCAGCACCACUUUGCAAGCUGUAGUUCUGCAACACUUAACGGGAAAGCCAAUCUCAAGACACAAUGCUGUAUAUGAGAGAGUCCCUAGUAACAUUCAUAGUUAUCGAACUAACCAUAUCAGGAGCUCAUCAGAACUAAAGAUAACUGUGCGAAGGCUUUGAUCAUGGGCGCAGCCAUUUUGUAACUCCCACUUUCUGCCAUUCAAAAGAGCAUAAAAUGGAGGACAGUAAACUGUAAGGAGAUCGAUUACAAGCUUAAAUAACAUGCCACAGGGUUUUGAAAUUUUUAUAUAGGCACUGAGAACUGUUAAGAUAUUAAGUUCAGUCACAUGUACCACAAUAUUGAGUUAAUACACGCGUAUUUUAAAAAAAUGCUUUUGUGUUUUCAAGAUGGCAUUGUAUUGUUGGAAUUUAAUAUAUCUUUACCUCUAAAAUUCUGAGAGUGCAUUACUAGAGGCACAGCUAAACCCUCAUACUGUACAGCAAUAUGGCAGCUCCUACCCAUAUGUACAGAGAAGAUCUGGGACCAAUCACAUGGAUAUAUUGUCUCUGAAUCAAAAAGCCCACACAGCAGUUAGCGCAUAUGCCCCCAUAGCCUGCACAGCUGGGACAUUGUAUCCUGCCUUGUAAAUUCUAUGUACAGUGAGUGCACAAUCAGGAAGGAGAAGUUUCCCAGGGUCUUUAGCAUCAGGUGCUUGAUGUAUUUACAGACAUUCCCCCUGGGACUCUAGCUAUUCCCAAGCUGUGGGGUGGAAGUGCUUGUAACCCCUGUAGCUAUUUAGAGUCUACCUUAACCCCACAUGCUAUUCCUGCCAAUCCCAUGCUGAUUUCAACGUACUCAAAUAUAUUCUGACACCGCCAGUGUUACCCAUGAACGUUCUAUGUUCCUUUCGGAGUGGGUUCAAGCAGGAACGGGCUGUUUUUUUUUUUUUUGUGUUGCAUUAUGUUUACAGUUGUACUAUACUGUAAGUCUAUAUGAUAUAUUUUUGUUUUGUAAAGGAUAUGUUUGAAACACAUUUAAUAAAGCUGGUGCCACAUCUUC